ACUUGAGCGCCCUAACCCGGCCGGCAGGAGGCAUAGUUUGCACCCGGCGCCAUUAAUGAUCGUUCAGGGUUCACUCUUAAACGAAAAGAAGCGCAAAGGUCUAUCCUACAACGUGGAUGUAUUGCAUUUGUACUCGUUUGAACUUUUUUCCAGAAACUAUUCUGAGAAGGUCCGUAAACUGAGUUAAACAAGAAUGGUCGUCGUGGUCCAGAUUCCAGUUUCCGAAACUUCGGAGAACUUCCUGCUUUUAUAGUUUGCUUUCAGAGGGAGCUCCGUACACAUGUUUCGAUAGGUUUCCGGCCAAGGCGGCGUCAUUGGACUUUCGCUCUCCGAUCCACGGAAGUAACUCACCUUCGCUGGUAUACCCUUUGCUGUUUCCUGUUAGCUUCCCCACACUCUCAGCACGUUACUGACUUUUCCUCAUUCAUUACGUGUUCGUACAAACAACAAUAUUUCUUAGUAUUUUCCAGGUGCAGUUAUCAUCAUGGAAAACCUGCCCACGGAGGUUCUGCUCAACAUAUUCGGCCGUUUGAAGGACGCCACGACACUGUUGGACUGCGUGAGUCUGGUCUGCUGGAGGUGGAAUGCCUUGGCCAAGGACCCGCGCGCUUGGGCGAGUGUCAGCUGCACGUGCUACGUGAUGCAGAAAACCUCCACGAUCUUCAAGUCGACCGCUCGGAUCUUGAAACACGCUCCUGCUCUGUCGAAGCUGACGUUCCGGACGCGCGAGUUAGUGAGCGCUGAGGAGGCUGCCGACCUAAUCGCAGACGGGCUGACCUUGGGGGAAGUCCUGAACCUCUGCCGCUGCUCUAUCAGCACCGUGGAUGUCUGCUGCACCUUGACAAUGGCUGCUACUCAGGCCGUGUGUGCGUGGAUGGAACGCAACAGCCACACCCUGCGUUCGCUGAGCAUGUUUGUAAACGGAAAGUUAAACCAGCGCAGACGACAACUUAACUCCAUUAAAAGCCUAGUUCAUCUCCAAGAGUUGGUGCUGGUGGUGCGUGAGAGUCCGCGGUACCAGCGGGAACUUCACGAGAGCCUGACCUCCCUUCGCGUGUUGAAGUACAGCGUGUCGACCCCUUUGAGGAAGGUGCCGGAGAACCAUGUGCGGCUGCUCGCCGACCUGCUGCGGGGUGCAGCCGCCACACUGUGCCACGUCGACAUCGACGUCAUCCUCGGUCCCUCGGCAGUCCAAGCCCUCAAGCAGUGCACCCGCCUCACAAGUGCCACGCUGAAUAUGGGUGCGGUGGGCGCCGUCCACGCGAUGGCUUCGCUGCGCGAGCUGACGCUGGCCGUGCGUUCCCCGGACGACCGCUGCCCGCGCAACGCCGAGAUGCCGGCCGUGGGCACACUGUGCGGGCUGCGGCUGCUGCGCCUCAACGUGGAGACCAUCGUGAAGGCGGACGUGGGCUGCGGCCCCAUGCUGCAGGCGCUGGGCCUCGCCGCCCCCAACGUGGCCACCCUGGUCGUCAACUACGGCCGCAGCGCCAGCGCCCUGGUGCCCGCCAUGGAGAAGGACGUGUGCGAGUUCCUGGAAACGCACCCCGGUCUCACGGCCGUCACCAUCUCUUCCGGUGGCGCGAGCCUCGUGCCCAGGUUGGCGGGCCUCACCGACCUGCAGGACUUGCGCGUCGACCUGCGCAUCCCUCUCAACGACUGGGGAACUAGUUGUGAAACCUUUAGGUCGAUGUCCGGUCCCAUCCGAGGGGUCGUCAAGCUUAUUCCAGUCGAAGUGGAGCCCAAAACGUUUCGGUGGAUGCAACGCUGAAGCAGCAGCAGUGUUUCCUCCCAUUAGUCGCUGGUCUUGGACUUUCCUCUUAUUUUAUUUUAUUUAUUUGUCUAAUUUCUGAAACUCAAAGAAGAGGUUUUAAUCGACGGAGAAGAUACCGUUUAUUUUCCCAAUUAAAUCACGUUUAUUUUUACCUUGUGACUUAAGUGCCGUGUUGCACACGAAUUACAUUUUAAACAGGAAAGCAG